UUCAACCACUGCUCUUUAUGAAUAUCCCAUAAACAUGAACGUACACGUCAUACCUAUCUUUAUUGUUGAAUAUUUUAUUUCAAUAAGUUCAAAGUCAAACAUCAGAGUCGUAAAUUCUCAGCGACAUUUCUGUUUCUUCAUUUCCCAACCCAUUCCUAAUUCCUUUGCUUCUCCUUUUGUAAUCUAUAUACUCUUCUUUUUCUGAUUGUGAAUUGUGAAGAAGAAUACAGAUAAAAAUGGGAGCGGUUUGUUCGGCGGGGAUGGCGGAGAGCAAUGCAGAAGAACUUGGAGGGGUGAACAACUUGGGGUUUUCUGGGAAGGUUCUCAAGAAGGAAAACAGUUUUACAAAUCGGAAAGAUGAUUUUUCAGAUUCAAGGUCUUCUAGCAAAAAGCAAAACAAGCUAGAAAAUGGGUUUUCCGAUGAAUUCGGUCUAUCUACUUCCGCUUCAAUAGGGGAAAAACAGGUCACUAGAAAGGGCUCUUUAUUGGGUAAAGCUAGCUAUAGGGCGGUGGAAGUUCUUGAUACACUUGGAAGUGGCAUGCCAAAGUUAAACACCAGUGGUGGUUUUGUCUCUGGCAAGCUUUCCAGAGGGAAGAAAAUAUCAAUAUUGGCAUUUGAAGUAGCUAAUACAAUAACCAAAGGUGCUAUUUUAUUUCACUCACUUUCUGAAGAAAACAUUCAGUUCCUCAAGAAGGAGGUUUUAAAUUCAGAAGGCAUUCAACAAUUAGUCUCAACAGAUAUGGAAGAGUUAAUAAGUUUUGCUGAGGUGGACAAAAGGGAAGAAUUCAAUGUCUUUUCACGGGAAGUAGUUAGAUUUGGAAAUAUGUGUAAAGACCCACAAUGGCACAACCUACAUCGAUAUUUCUCUAGAUUAGACUCGGAUGUCUUGGGCGACAAACAAAAUCAAGUAGAUGCCGAAAAGACAAUGCAGGAGUUCACUAGUCUAGUUCAUCAUACUGCGGAGUUAUACCAUGAAUUAAGUGCUUAUGAACGUUUUCAACAUGAUUAUCAACAAAAAAUUAAGGAAAUGGAGUCCUUGAAUCUUCCUCUGAAAGGUGAGAGUAUCACAAUUUUCCAAAGUGAGUUAAAGCAUCAAAAAAAGCUUGUGACAAACCUGAAAAAGAAAUCUCUUUGGUCCAGAUAUUUAGAGGAGAUAGUUGAGAAGCUUGUUGAUAUUGUUACCUAUAUACAUCAAGCAAUUCGCGAGCUCCUUGGAAAUCAUGUAGGUACUGGUGCUGUCAAGAAUGGUAAAGGUCCUCAAAGACUAGGUGAAGCUGGUCUUGCACUACACUAUGCCAACAUGAUCAAUCAGAUAUAUAUGAUUGCAUCUCGCCCAGCCUCCCUUCCUCCAAAUACGAGGGACACAUUAUAUCAAGGUUUGCCAAACAGUAUUAAGAGUGCCCUUCCAUCUCGGUUGCAAUCCAUUUCCAUCCAGAAAGAGCACUCCGUCACUCAUAUCAAAGCGGAAAUGAAUAAGACUCUUCAGUGGCUCGUACCAUUUGCGGCAAAUACAAUCAAGGCUCAUCAAGGCUUUGGAUGGGUUGGUGAAUGGGCAAACACAAGUAACGACUUUGGUGAUAACACGACCAAAGAAAGCAACCCAAUUCGCCUCCAGACACUUUACUAUGCCGAUAAGCAGAAGAUAGAUGUUUACAUUAUUGAAUUGUUGGUAUGGAUUCACCAUUUGAUCAGCUCUGUAAGAUCCAGACAAAAUGCCUCGAGGCCAAUGGCAAUGCCCAUACGGUCUUCUCCUCCCAAGAGACCUGAACUUCAGUCUAAGAUGCGGCAGUUUUUGAUUCUAUCAUUAGACAGAAACAACAAGCCAUUAGGAACUCAACUUUCUCCCGAAGAUAGGAUACUAUUAGAGGAGGUAAUGACAAGGAGGAGGAGCCCGGGCAUUAGCAAAAGUGAGGAACUUGGUGCUGCCAAGAAAACUCAAGACAGACACCCUCUCAAGACCAAAAGUGCUAGGAGUUCACCUGAUAAGGAGUUCUUGGGUACCACACCCAUUGCCAACCGCCAAAGCUAUAACGUUUUGGAUAUUAUGGAUGGCUUAGGAUCGUGAAUUCGUCGUUUAUUUAUAGGCCUUGUGCUGUUUAUUUUUUCUUUUGAAGAUUCUUGGUACUUCACUUUCCUUAUGCCGACAAUUAUUCACCAUCCAUUUUUUUUGUACAAUCUUAAUCAUGUAUAUAUCCAUAUAUAAACUCAUUUUAUACUGAAAUAGUUUGCAAUCAAUUUUGCCUAAAAA